AUGCGACUGUCACAGGUUGCGUUGAGCGACCUGUUCUCGCAGGCCUCUCAGUCAAAAGAGGAGCGUGCCACCUUCAGAGCUUCGUUGCGAUCAAGGCUCAAGAAUGCACAACGGUUGAAAAUGAACGCACAGGCUGCAGCAACUACCUCAGCAUCUUCUUCGCGUGCUCGUCAAUCCAGGGACGCUGCUGCAACAGCUAGGCCGAGGGAAUCCGAGAUAGAGCUGCAGCGGGCAACUCGCAAUUCCCACAAUGCUGCAGCGACUUCUGCUACCAGAACAUCCGAGAGCCCACAGUCAAGGGCAAACAGACUUUCAUGGGCUGCUACAAGCAUGGCCGCUGUGCGCUUAUCUCAAACUCCCCAAGCUCGCCGCAUACGCCUCGACGGGGACAUUCAGAGCCUUGCGACCGCCCGUGGUAUUACCUGUCCUGUCUACAACCUACAGGCUGAAACCCGGAUUGGUAUUUUGCCGCCAUCAGGAAGAGUUCCUGGCAGGGACGUCAUACUACUACUUCAGGCCAUGCUUCACGAGGUUAACAGCUACAUUCGCAGUUUCAAAUAUUCUUUGGAAAAUGCUCUUUUUCCUUCCUUCAGCACUGUAAUUGACGUCGACAAAUGGCCUCAUGAUGAACACGAACGCCGCUACAAUGCUCCUGCGUGCAACGAAGUGGCCGCUAUUAUACAUGGGGAUCGUGUUUGGACUUUCUUUGCAUCUUCCGUAACUACCAAACUCGCCACAUCUUUUGUCAUAUUUAUCUUACUAUCUACUUCUCUUUUUAUCUACAUCAUGAUGACUCAUCUAUCUAUCUAUCUAUCUAUCUAUCUAUCUAUCUAUCUAUCUAUAUUCCUGACUGACAAAACAGAAGAUGACAAGGCAGAAGAUUUCGCGCAGUUGGCUGCCGUUUCUUUCAGCGGGUUAAUUUUAUAA